AUUUAGAGAGAGAUGUGUACACGUGUGAUAUUUUGUAUGGUUCUGUGAAAUUCUCACGUGUGAAAAUAUAGAUAAAAUGAUGGAUAGAGAAUAUAUGAUAAGUUACAAGAGUACUACAGGAGUGAUGAUUUCUUGUACUACUACUUUGUAUUAAAGAUUUAAUUUUUCUUUUCAUUUAUUUUUGGGGUCUUUGAAGUUUCUUAUUUUUUGGUCAUUUUGAUUUGUUUUAUGCCUGAGAAUUAGAAAAAAAUAUGAUAAUUUGAGUAUAGGGAUCAGAUUUUUUGUUUUCAAUUUGGUCAAUUGAAGCUUUUCUGUUCCCCAGAGAAGACAUAAAUAUUGCAGGUUUUCAGGAGUUUGUAAUUUGAUAGUCAACCUUGUAUUUGAAACUCGAUAGUUAAUCAUCUCCAAGUAAAAAGGUUAUUGAGAAAAGUACCACAGAUGGCGACUUAUUUUCCUAGUCCAAACAAUCAAAGAGAUGCUGAUCAGACAUUUCAAUAUUUUAGGCAAUCUUUGCCUGAGUCUUAUUCAGAAGCUUCAAAUGCUCCAGAAAACAUGAUGGUAUUCAUGAACUAUUCUUCUUCUGGGGCAUAUUCAGAUAUGUUGACGGGUACUUCCCAACAACAACACAGCUGCAUCGAUAUCCCAUCUAUAGGAGCCACGUCUUCCAACACAUCCCAACAAGAAAUAUUGUCAAAUCUUGGAGGAUCGCAGAUGGGGAUUCAGGAUUUUUCUUCAUGGAGAGAUAGCAGAAAUGAGAUGCUAGCUGAUAAUGUCUUUCAAGUUGCACAAAAUGUGCAGGGUCAAGGAUUAUCCCUCAGUCUUGGCUCCAAUAUACCAUCUGGAAUUGGAAUUUCACAUGUCCAAUCUCAGAAUCCUAACCAAGGUGGCGGUUUUAACAUGUCCUUUGGAGAUGGUGAUAAUUCCCAACCAAAAGAACAAAGAAAUGCAGAUUAUUUUCCUCCGGAUAAUCCUGGAAGGGACUUGGAUGCUAUGAAAGGGUAUAAUUCUCCAUAUGGUACGUCGAGUAUUGCAAGGACCAUUCCCAGCUCGAAGUAUUUGAAAGCAGCUCAAUAUUUGCUUGAUGAGGUUGUUAGUGUCAGAAAGGCCAUCAAGGAGCAAAAUUCUAAGAAAGAGUUGACAAAGGAUUCCAGAGAGUCUGAUGUGGACUCAAAAAAUAUAUCAUCAGAUACUCCUGCAAAUGGGGGUUCAAAUUCUCAUGAGUCCAAAAACAACCAAAGUGAACUUUCACCUACCGAGAAGCAAGAAGUGCAGAACAAACUGACCAAACUUCUGUCAAUGCUGGAUGAGAUUGAUAGAAGGUACAGACAAUACUAUCAUCAGAUGCAAAUAGUGGUUUCAUCAUUUGAUGUGGUAGCUGGAGAAGGAGCAGCUAAACCAUACACAGCUCUUGCACUCCAGACAAUUUCCCGACACUUCCGUUGCUUGCGUGAUGCAAUCUGCGAUCAGAUUCGAGCAUCACGAAGAAGUCUUGGAGAGCAAGAUGCUUCAGAAAACAGCAAAGCGAUUGGAAUAUCACGCCUGCGUUUUGUGGAUCAGCAUAUUAGACAGCAGAGAGCCCUGCAGCAGCUUGGUAUGAUGCAACAACAUGCCUGGAGGCCUCAGAGGGGAUUGCCUGAAAGCUCUGUUUCAGUUUUGCGUGCUUGGCUCUUUGAGCACUUUCUUCAUCCCUACCCGAAAGAUUCUGACAAAAUUAUGCUAGCAAGGCAAACUGGCUUAACGAGAAGUCAGGUAUCAAAUUGGUUCAUAAAUGCACGGGUGCGUCUUUGGAAACCCAUGGUUGAGGAAAUGUACAAAGAAGAGGCUGGUGAUGCUAAAAUAGACUCAAAUUCUUCAUCGGAUGUUACCCCCAGACUUGCAACAAAAGACUCAAAAGUUGAAGCAAGAGGAGAAUUGCACCAGAAUGCAGCUUCAGAAUUUGAGCAGUACAAUAGUGGCCAAAUCCUGGAGUCAAAAUCUAACCAUGAAGCUGAUGUAGAAAUGGAGGGAGCAAGUAAUGCAGAAACUCAAAGUCAAUCUGGAAUGGAAAAUCAAACAGGCGAACCCCUGCCUGCUAUGGAUAAUUGCACCCUUUUUCAGGACGCAUUUGUUCAAAGCAACGAUAGAUUCUCAGAAUUUGGUAGUUUUGGAAGUGGAAAUGUACUACCCAAUGGAGUUUCACUUACAUUGGGGCUGCAGCAAGGUGAAGGAAGCAACCUACCUAUGUCCGUCGAGUCUCACGUUAGUUAUGUACCAUUAAGGGCAGAUGACAUGUAUAGUACAGCACCUACUACUAUGGUCCCUGAAACAGCAGAAUUCAACUGCUUAGAUUCUGGGAAUAGGCAGCAACCAUUUUGGCUCCUACCAUCUGCUACAUGAUUUUAUAUAUGUGUUGUAGAAUUAAACUGCAAGUUUUUAGUACAUUGGAUGCUUAGUUUGAAGCUUACAGUAACAGUCUCAUUGAUCACUGUUGUAAUAUAUCAAAUUAUUGGUUGGGUAUUAGUUGUUAAAAUCUGUAAAGUCUGUAAAAGGUGUGAAAGAUGUUAUAAUUUUUGA